AUGGACAAAAAUGACGGCGAAGUGGUUUACGAAGGCUUCUGUGUGGAUUUGCUUGACAGACUAGCAUCAUCCUUACAUAUUUCAUAUGAAAUCUCCAUUGUAAAGGAUGGCAAGUACGGCGAGCCAGUCUCCAAUAACUCCAGCGAAUGGGAUGGUAUGAUCGGAGAAAUCUUGCGAGGGGAAGCAGAUAUGGCAGUGGGACCGAUUACUGUAACAGCAAGGCGACUGGAAGUCGUUGAUUUUACGGAUCCAUUUUUACAGCUGGGUAUCUCCAUGUUGAUGCGUCAACCCAAUCAAAAGACAUCGUCAACAUUGACUAGUUUUCUAUGGCCGCUGUCGGCCAGUUACGCGUUGCUUUUCUUUACGUUUGGACCUUCUCAGCCACUGCAACAUUCGCAACAGCAAUGCUUCUUACCUCUGCUCAACUCUUUGUGGUAUCUAGUAUGCAUUCUUCUGAGAGCUGGCUCUGGUUACAAUUGUCAGUCAGCAGCUGCAAGGUUUCUUUCUGCAAUUUGGUGGAUGUUCACACUCGUCCUGUUCGCUCAGUACACCGCCAAUUUUGCAGCUGUGCUUACUGUCGACAGAAAAAGCAUGCCAUUCAAUAGCUUUGAAGAGCUUGGCAAUCAGUCAGACUACAAGUUCGGAGCAAUUCUGGGUGGCUCUACCAUGCAAUUCUUCAAGUACUCCCGAAUUGAGACGUUCCGCAGAUUGUGGGAGUCGAUGCAGAAUCAAACUCCGACAGCGUUCGUGGACAAAAACGAAAGCGGUGUUCGCAGGGCACUCAAAGAAAAAUAUGUUUUCCUAAUGGAAUCUGCCACACUGGACUAUCAGGUAACCCAGAACUGUAAUCUUACGCGAGUUGGUAACGUUGUCCUUGGAUCCAACGGUUACAGCAUCGCACUGCCAAAAGGAUCAAAGUGGAGAGAGAAGCUAACUAGACAAAUUUUGGAUCUGAAUGAAAAAGGUAUAAUUAUGAUGAUGAAGGAGACAUGGUGGAAGAAGAAUCAGCAACAAUGUGAAACGGAAACGGUUGAAGACCGACGAGCGCUUGGAGUAGAUCACGUCAAGGGACUUUUCGUUCUUCUCGCGUUAGGUCUUGGCAUCUCAUUAAUCAUAUCAGUAUCGGAGACGUUUAUGUUUACUAUGGUUAUGAGAGACAAACAAUAAAUUCCAUCUGAG